AUGUGGCUGUACACAAUUCUCUGUGGAGUCUGUCAUUUGCCAGCUGUGAUCCAUUCAGGAUCAGUCAAACAAGACAGUGGUGUGAGAUCUGCCACUGUAGGGGAAAAUAUUGUGCUAUGUUGUUUCCAUGACAGCCAGUCAGCAAUGCACUUCUCCUGGUAUCGCCAAACAUUAGGAGACAGACCUGAACUCUUGUCUAACAUUUACAAAUAUGAUGAACCAUCUAAAGUCUUCCACUGGUUGGAAAAUAAUCCCCGUUUCUCUGUGGAAAGAAGUGAAGGAAUUAAUCAUUUACACAUUUCUGAGGUCCAGCUCUCAGAUUCAGCAACAUACUACUGUGGAAGUUCCCACUCCAACACUGUGGAGUUUGGGGAAGGGGUCUUUUUGAGUGUUGAAGGAACAAACCAUCUGGAAAUCAUCCAAGAGCCAGCAUUUGAGACAGCCCAGCCUGGCAACUCUGUAACGUUUCAUUGUACAGUAGGCACCAGAACCUGUAAAGAAGAACACAUUAUCCACUGGUUCUGGCAUGGAAUUUACCAAGCAGUACUCCACACACACAGAAAUCACAGUGGAAUUAUCUCUGCUCAGCACCACUAUUCACAGAGUUGUGUCUACCAUUUACAGAAGAACAACGUGAGCUUAUCUGAUGCAGGAACCUAUUACUGUGUUGUUGCCUCCUGUGGAAAGAUGCUGUUUGGUAGUGGAAGCAAGCUAAUCAUCAAACACAAUGCUGAAGAUCAGGUUUCCCAAAUAGUAAUCUUUGUUUGGCUGUCAGUGUUCAGAAGUGGCAUUCUGUUGUUUUUUGUGAUUAUUUGUCUUUUUAUUUUUGUCAGAAAGACCCAAUAAGCCCAGUGUGCAUGUUGGGUGGUAUGGUUUUACAUCACAGCCACUAAUUAACUCUUCGGAAGACACAAAUUAUGUGAGAGAAGUUAUAAUGAGAAUUUUGAUCUACUACUGCUUAUGUAGUUUCAUUUUUUAAACUGUACUGUGCUGUGCUUGAAAUUUUAUGUUUUAUAACCUUUUAACACAAUGUCUGUGUUGGCAUCAUAUUAUUUUCACUUCUGCAUCUAGAAGAGUCUGUGACUUUAAUUCGACUGCAAAUAAAAGAAGACAGCAAUCACUUAUCAACUUAGUCAUCAUGUGAAAUUUAUUUUAAAAACUGUAUUAACUCUGACUAUCAAUAAAGGAUUGGUCUCCAAAGUGUUUCUGUCUCUUACAGUCCUUGGUCCAGGUACAUCAUGUAUGUAGACAAGGUAUGUUUUUAUUUAUUUAUUGCAGUAAACAACAAGUUUGAAUUGUCAAUGCUAAACAUAACGGUUUAGAUGUAGUCUGGAAAAGUACAGAAUUUGAUUUCUGUAUUUUCCAAGUUUGGAUAAGUAUGAAAAAAAAUAGAAAAAUUGAAAAAUAUCUAUAUUUCUAGAUUUUAUUCCCUAUCCUAUAGCCUAAACAUUCCUUCCUCCCUUCUUUCCUCACUUUCAUCAUUUAUUCCUUCCUACCUUUUGUCUCUCCUUCCUUCUUUCCUACCUACUUUGUGGAAUUUCCUCUUUUUUUCCCCUUUGUUCUGAACUCAUUCACACCCCUCUUUUUUAGCUCCCGCCCUCUACCUGUCUUCUUCCUUUCUUUCUAAUUUCCUUCCUUGUCUUCUUUUUAUCCUUUCUUUUUUCAGUCCUUCCCUUCUUGUGUCCUACCUACUUUUCAUCCUUCUUCCCUGUGCCAAACUUUCUUUCCUUCAUACACAUCCUAUCCCUUGUGAAUAUAAUUUUUACUCUCUGGAUUUUGCUGGUUUCUUACUUAAAGCCUGUUACAGAGCGUAAAAAUCAUCCAGUAAUUUAUUGUAACAGGUAAGCAGGUAAAAAGAACAAAAAUAGCACAAUAUUAAAAAAACUGGCAGACAAUUUGCUAAUGACUGUGUAAUUGUCAGACUUUUUAAAAUUGAUGAGGUCAGUCAUGGUCAUAUUUGUUGAUUAAAUUUGUUGACUUAUUAGAUAUGUAUAUAUUGUUUUACAGCUUAAUGUCCCUAAGAUCAUGUUCAGACCUGAUUUUAACAUGCAUCUUGGCUGAAAUGACUUCAUCAAUAAAAUCCCGGAAUGUGAGAAAACGUUUUUUGGGGGAUUAUGAAGGAAGUUUCCAACAAGUAAACAUAAAGUAGAAAAAUGUCUGUUUUUACUAGAUUACAGAUAGCUGUAUAAUUGUUUUGGCAACAGCUGUUCUAUACUGAAGUUGUUUUUGUUUAAAGAUCUGUCCAGUGAACUGCUUGAUGUGGAAGUCAUGUGAGUUCAGUGAGUAGGCAUAUUCCUCCAUUGUGUUUUGCUUUGAG